CGUAGUUAUAUGCUGUGUGACGUCGCUUCUUGACAUCUUGUGGACGUAGGCUCUCAGAUCCUAUAUGCACUGGGGAUUUGGCGAAGUCGAUCCAUUCACAAACUCCCUUACUUCACAAAUUAUAGUGCUCACGUUAGCAAUCCGUACCACGUGGCACCGCUCUACAUCCUCGCUGCGGAUCAUCAACCGCCAACACAUACAUUGUCGUUGCCUAAGUCUCGACAAACAUCACCAUGUACAGCAUCUUCCUUCUCAGCACACUAUGUGCGGCAGUCUUCGCAAUACCCGUCACACACAUCUUCCAGAACCGCGCAGAUACCAACUCAACAUGGCUACCAGCCGAGGGCACAACGACAUCGUGCGACAAGACGUCUGACAAGAUCAUCGGCUUCUACGUUGGACCACAGAUAGAGUCUGUCCUCACCAACGCAUGUGUUGCCAUGAUGCCUCCCUGCGCCUAUCCAGAUCGACUUGCCGAUGACAUCGUCUGCGCCCAGGUCGUUGACUGGCGACUCGAUGGGCCGAAGAACAGCAGGCAAUCCGCGAAUGUUGAGACUGCGGAAGGAAACAAGAUCAGCGGAUGGGACGUCAGGCUCUCAGUCACUCCCGCUGCGCAACCGGAGACUUCAGCAGGCGUCUUCUGGACUGCACAAGACUGCUAUGGGUAUUUCGCCUAUAUGCUCGAGAACUGGGAGCCGGAAGGAUGCCACACUCAGCGAGGCUUUGGUAUCGGCAACAUCACGGUUGGCGGAGACACUUCACUGGCGGGUACAGUGUUCAGGGUCGAGAUCGUGGCUGAGCAAUGAUCUUGUCUGAAUGCUUCCCUUACGAUAUUUCACAUUCGUAUAUUCUUCUGUUUCACGGCCCAUUUACCGAGCUAUUGGGCAUGCGCAGGCCGCAUGACAUAUUGCUUUUAUAUUUUCCGCGUAGCCAACCUCGUAUCGUUCCAGUUCUCCAAAUCGAC